UCCGGUAGGAGCCCCGGCACCUUCUUCCAGUUCCCCAGGAACCGUUCAGCUGGGUUUGUAAAGCAGGCAAGUGAGGGAAGGAAGGAGCUAGAAGGAGCUAAGAUAGGCAGUGGCUCUCAGCAAAGUUUGAGAAGCCCAUGGCUAUGGGUGAUCCAGGUACUCAGAAGAGCAGCGAUGGUUCUGUUUCUCGCCUGCUCAAUGUGGUAGAAAGUGAGCUCCAGGCAGGCAGGGAGAAAGGUGACCCUACAGAGAAGCAGCUUCAGAUCGUCCUGGAGGAUGCACCCCUUUGGCAGAGAUUCAAAGAAGUCACUAAUGAGAUGAUUGUGACCAAGAAUGGAAGACGGAUGUUUCCGGUCCUAAAGAUUAGUGUCACAGGGCUGGACCCCAAUGCCAUGUACUCCCUUCUGCUGGACUUCGUACCCACUGACAGCCACCGCUGGAAGUAUGUGAAUGGGGAGUGGGUGCCAGCGGGCAAGCCCGAGGUCUCCAGCCACAGCUGCGUCUACAUCCACCCGGACUCCCCCAACUUUGGGGCCCACUGGAUGAAAGCUCCCAUCUCCUUCAGCAAAGUGAAGCUGACCAACAAGCUCAACGGAGGUGGGCAGAUAAUGCUGAAUUCUCUGCAUAAGUAUGAACCACAGAUUCACAUAGUGCGUGUUGGGGGGGCCCAUAGAAUGGUCAUGAACUGCUCCUUCCCUGAAACCCAGUUCAUCGCUGUGACUGCUUAUCAGAAUGAGGAGAUAACAGCUCUCAAAAUCAAGUACAACCCUUUUGCCAAGGCCUUUCUGGAUGCCAAGGAAAGAAAUCACCUAAAAGACAUUCCAGAGGUUGUUGCUGAGAGUCAGCAUGUUACCUACUCUCACUUGGGAGGCUGGAUCUUCUCCAAUCCGGAUGGCAUGUGUGCAGCUGGCAAUACCAAUUACCAGUAUGCUACUCCUUUGCCUCUGCCUGCUCCGCACACCCACCAUGGCUGUGAGCACUAUUCUGGCCUCCGAGGACACCGGCAGGCUCCCUACCCUUCUGCCUAUAUGCAUAGAAACCAUUCUCCCUCAGUGAAUUUGAUAGAAAGCUCAAGCAAUAAUCUGCAAGUUUUCUCAGGACCGGACAACUGGACUUCCUUAUCCUCCACACCCCAUACCAGUAUCCUGACUGUACCCCACACCAAUGGACCAAUCAAUCCAGGACCCAGCCCUUAUCCGUGCCUGUGGACCAUCAGCAAUGGAGGUGGGGGCUCUGCUGGGUCAGGCUCAGAGGUGCACCCUGGCACCCCCGGAGCGUUUCUCCUUGGUAAUCCAGCGGUGACAUCGCCCUCUUCCAUGCUCCCAACCCAGGCACCCACUGCAACUGGGGUGGAGGUCUUGGGGGAGCCCUCGCUGACCAGCAUUGCCGUGUCUACCUGGACAGCAGUGGCCUCCCAUCCCUUCCCAGGCUGGGGUGGCUCAGGUGGGGGUGGGCGCCAUUCUCCCUCCUCUUUGGACAGUUAGGCAGGUUCCUAAGAGCCUCAGUCAGCAGGGGACACUCUGCACAUUCCAUCUGCUGAUUCCAGUGAAUUAGACUGCAGGGUCUCUUCAUCCUGUGGGCUGGAGAGCCAGGUCAAUUAUUCCAGAAGUCCUUUGGGAGGUGACUGACUUUGGAUGAUGCUAAUUAUGUCACUCAACGGCCCUGGCCCUCUGUCAUUCCCCUUAGCUCUCCUGUUUUCUCUGAGUUUGUCCUUGCCAUGCUGACAGUUGACUGUCCUUGUGCUCUGCCUCCUCCUCCCAAGUGGUUCUGCAAAGCCUCACUUCCUUUUCUCUGGAGGUGAUGUGUACCUGUGAAUUAAGUCCAUAAUUUGCCUAGUAAGUCACUGCUUUAUAAUUUAUGUGAAGCCUGGGAAAGUACAUGUGGCCAGAAAAAAAGAGGGUGUGAUUCCCUAAAGUUACCAAGAAUGAAACAAAGAAUCGUAGGAGGCUGAGGUCCGAGGAUCAUGGUUUGAAGCCAGCCCUGGCAGGAAAGUCUGUGAGACUCACAUCUCCAGUAAACUAUUCAGA